UCUCAACUGUCAGUGUCAGUUCGCCUGUGUGUCGGGUUGGCCGUGGAUGAAAAAACAUAGUUUUACUUUAUUCAAUAAAUUAAUUUUAAAAUACUAAUAGCAUUUAAAAGUGUAGUGUUCAAAUAGAGGAGCCUUUAAAAUGUCCAACGCGUCGUCAGCACCCCCGCCGGCGGUGAAGGAGCGGUAUAUUCCGAACGGACUCAAAUUCGCGUUCGGUGGCCUUGCGGGCAUGGCAGCCACCUGCGUGGUCCAGCCCCUCGACCUGAUCAAAACUCGCAUGCAGCUGGGAGGGGCCGGGCGCUCCUCCUUCACCGUGGCCGGAGAGAUCGUGGCCAGGGAGGGCUUCCCGGCGCUGUACACGGGCCUGUCGGCCGGGCUGCUGCGACAGGCGACUUAUACCACUACGAGGCUCGGGGUGUAUAAUAUCCUGUUUGAUAUGUAUAAAGAGAAGUACCAAGGCCACGCGCCCGGCUUCGGCGUGAAGAUGCUGCUGGGCGUGGCCGCGGGGUCGGUGGGCGCGUUCGUGGGCACCCUGGCCGAGGUGGCGCUCAUCCGCAUGACGGCGGACGGCAGGCUGCCCGCGGAGCAGCGCCGGAACUACAGGAACGUCGUUGACGCGCUCAUGAGGAUAGUGAAGGAGGAGGGGGUGCUGAAGCUGUGGCGUGGCGCCACGCCCACCGUGGCGCGCGCCAUGGUCGUCAACGCCGCGCAGCUCGGCACCUACUCACAGGCGCGCGAGAUGUUCCUGGGCACGGUGCCGGACGGGGUGGCGCUGCACUUCUGCGCGUCCAUGGUGUCGGGGCUGGUCACCACCAUCGCCUCCAUGCCCGUGGAUAUCAUCAAGACCAAAAUACAAAACGCGGCUAAAGGCGAGAGUCAACUAAGCGUAGUCACGACGCUUCUCAAGAACGAAGGGGUGCUAUCUCUGUGGAAGGGAUUCUUACCCUACUAUGCCAGGCUCGGACCCCACACCGUACUGACGUUUAUAUUCCUCGAGCAACUCAACUCCGCAUACUUAAAAUAUACUAUGUAAUGUUAUGUGUGGAGUCAUGAUACAACGAGAUGUGUAAAAAAUGUUACAUGGAACAAAGUAUUUGUUACAGACGAUUUUUGUGCAGUUGAGGUAAGGUAUGAUGUUUAUCAUUAUUCUGAGGUCCAUAGUUGAGAGAGUUUCCGAAGGUAAAAAUUAUGAUUGAGCGCUGUCAAAUUGUAAAUUUUGCCAGCAAAAAAUUAGAUUGAAGGAAGGAAUAUUAAUAUAAAGAGUCGAAUUUUAAAACAAAGAAUUUAAGAUUUUGAAAGCAUAAAAGUUGGAAUAUGUGCCUCAUGAAUCGACAUCAGAGUUUAGUCUAUCAAUAAUGUAUCGAUAUCCAUAGACUAUCUACAUAUAUGAUGUAAUGUUAAUUAGAAUAAAGUACAAAUGAAAAUACAUAGGUAGGUACCUACAAAACUGUUAACGAAUAGUGUGAAGGUGUAAAUAAGUUAUGAAAAUAACAUGUUACUUAUACACAAUUUUUUGUGAAUUCACGAUUCGUCUAAUUAUCAUAAGCGCUGCCAAUGUAGACUGUAG